CUAAGGCUAUAGACUGUUGGUAUCUGGAGAUAAACCCGGGAUGGUGCUCACUAAACUACCUUGGGUGUCAGUCCUGCUUCAAGACUCCAGAGAGAUAAAGAGAGAUGACCUCAGAGACAAAGAGACUCAGACCCAGCCAGAGGCCCAAUGGACAGUGGGAGGGGUGGGUGGAAGAAGGCUGGUCUCUGUCUGACCAAGCCCCCCCAGAAUAACGCAGGCUGCCCCCCUAGGUGGAAACAAUGACACAAUCAGCUCCCAAUACCAAGGGCCUGACAUCACAAGUGGGGGGAAGGCAGCUGAGGUUGGGGGGGGAGGUGCCCCGCCCCUUGGCAGGCCCCUACAGCCAAUGGAAUGGCCCUGGAAGAGACCCGGGCCGCCUCCGGAGCUUCAAAAACAUGUGAGGAGGGAAGAGUGUGCAGACGGAACUUCAGCUGCUGCCUUGGUUCUCAGCGUCAGUGCCGCCACUGCCCCCCGCCAGAGCCCACCGGCCAGCAUGUCCUCUGCUCACUUCAACCGAGGCCCUGCCUACGGGCUGUCAGCUGAGGUUAAGAACAAGCUGGCCCAGAAGUACGACCACCAGCGGGAGCAGGAGCUGAGAGAGUGGAUCGAGGGGGUGACAGGCCGUCGCAUCGGCAACAACUUCAUGGACGGCCUCAAAGAUGGCAUCAUUCUUUGCGAAUUCAUCAAUAAGCUGCAGCCAGGCUCCGUGAAGAAGAUCAAUGAGUCAACCCAAAAUUGGCACCAGCUGGAGAACAUCGGCAACUUCAUCAAGGCCAUCACCAAGUAUGGGGUGAAGCCCCACGACAUUUUUGAGGCCAACGACCUGUUUGAGAACACCAACCAUACACAGGUGCAGUCCACCCUCCUGGCUUUGGCCAGUAUGGCGAAGACGAAAGGAAACAAGGUGAACGUGGGAGUGAAGUACGCAGAGAAGCAGGAGCGGAAAUUCGAGCCGGGGAAGCUAAGAGAAGGGCGGAACAUCAUUGGGCUGCAGAUGGGCACCAACAAGUUUGCCAGCCAGCAGGGCAUGACUGCCUAUGGCACCCGGCGCCACCUCUACGACCCCAAGCUGGGCACAGACCAGCCUCUGGACCAGGCGACCAUCAGCCUGCAGAUGGGCACCAACAAAGGAGCCAGCCAGGCUGGCAUGACUGCGCCAGGGACCAAGCGGCAGAUCUUCGAGCCGGGGCUGGGCAUGGAGCACUGCGACACGCUCAAUGUCAGCCUGCAGAUGGGCAGCAACAAGGGCGCCUCGCAGCGGGGCAUGACGGUGUAUGGGCUGCCACGCCAGGUUUACGACCCCAAGUACUGUCUGACUCCCGAGUACCCAGAGCUGGGUGAGCCCGCCCACAACCACCACGCACACAACUACUACAAUUCUGCCUAGGGCCACAAGGCCUUCCCUGUUUUCCCCCCAAGGGAGGCUGCUGCUCUUGGCUGGACCCAGCCAGGCCCAGCCGACCCCCUCUCCCUGCAUGGCAUCCUCCAGCCCCUGUAGAACUCAACCUCUACAGGGUUAGAGUUUGGAGAGAGCAGACUGGGGGGGCCCAUUGGGGGGAAGGGGACCCUCCACUCUGUAGUGCUACAGGGUCCAACAUAGAGCCGGGUGUCCCCAACAGCGCCCAAAGGACGCACUGAGCAAAGCUAUUCCAGCUGUCCCCCCACUCCCUCACAAGUGGGUACCCCCAGGACCAGAAGCUCCCCCAGCAAAGCCCCCAGAGCCCAGGCUCGGCCUGCCCCCACCCCAUUCCCGCAGUGGGAGCAAACUGCAUGCCCAGAGACCCAGCGGACACACGCGGUUUGGUUUGCAGCGACUGGCGUACUAUGUGGAUGUGACAGCGGCGUUUGUAACGCGAGCACUUUCUUUUUUUUUCUAUUUCACUGGAGCACAAUAAAUGGCUGUAAAAUCUC